AUUUUAGUCGGUAUUCGGAUAUUUUCUACAUAGUUGUCGUUCUUAGAAAACAACACAUGUGAAAAUACCGAAAAGAAAACCACAAGUUAUUUUUGCAUUGAAAGGGUUGAUUUCCAAGUAAUAACAUGACAACUGAAGAAGAACAAGUAGAGGAGCCUGAUCAAGAAGAUGACAGUAAAAAGGACAAAUCAAAGAAACACGAUUCAGGGGCUGCAGAUUUAGAAAAAGUCACUGAUUUUGUCGAGGAAACGGAAAUCUCUGCACAAAGCAUUGGCGAUGCUAUGAACAAAUUAACAGAGAAAAAGACCAAAGAAAGAGCCGAGUUCAUUGCAAGAGAGAAAGAAUUGUCAAAGAUAAAAAUAAGUAAAGAGGAUGUGGAUUUAAUUGUGCUUGAAAUGGAGAUUGGUAGAUCAUUAGCAGAAAGAAAGCUUAGAGAACAUAAAGGAGAUAUCGUAGAAGCUUUAGUAGAAUUGACUAACUAAUAUGUUUAUAUACAAUUUAUAAAGAGAAACACAGUUGUUCAUUAGAGCUAUUCCAUUAUAAUGUAUGCGGGAGGGUAGGAACAAAACUGUUGGUCAUGGGUCUUUUUUCAGUAUGCCUCUAUUACCAUUAUGCAAAAUUAUCUAAAAAAGUGGUUCUUGGUUGUAGGGAUAAUUUGAAAGUCCUUUCCUACCCUCCAAUAUACAUUUCAAUGGAAUAGCCCUUACCCAUUUGAUGAGCUUCUGAAGAACUGGAUACUACUAAGACUGCAAUAGGAAUAGCUGCAUUAACAAGUGAAAUCAUGGACUGACUUUAAUUUUCCAUGUUGAAAUUUAAGAUCAGGCCAGACAUCUCAAUUUGUUUCAGUUCUGAUCAUUUUUUUUUAUUAUAAUUUUUAGCUAUGGAAUUUUGGUAUUUGUGUAUAUAUGAGCAUUUUUGAAAAUAGAGAUGAUUCUGAGAUGAAAAUAAACAUUAAAUGAU